AUGGCGGUCAUGUUCUUGAUGUUGAUUUGGUCAGUUUUAACUGCUGAAUCUGGCGCGUUUAAGCCGACCAUUGGUCAAGGAGAUGACCCCUCUAUGUACACUCACGAGAGUAUUACACUGGAGGGAGUGGAGAGGGCGGCCGCCAAGUUUCUGACUUCAAGUGGAAUAUAUAACACUUCAACGACAGAUCCUCAAAUCCUUGUCAAGGAAUAUUUUGGAUCAGAUACGGCCGGUUACCAAGCCUACCAGCUAAGAGCUCGGGAGUUUGCAGAAGCCGUAAUGAAGGUCUACAAGACACAUCUUACCAACCCUGACUACACUGUCAACUCUGAGAGGAUAGUGGAAGCUGAUAGACUUGUAAAGUCAACUAGACAAGAGAUAGCGUCAAUCUUAUCAACAGCAUCGUUAAAUAAUUCAUCGAUGAAUCUCGUGGUGGAUAAAGUGGGGAAAUGUUUAAUGAUCAUCCAGUCCUUCUACAGUAACACGAACUGGAUAGAGAUGAUGGUGAAUGGUAGACAGUCGUAUCUAAAUUUCGGAACCCUCGCCCCCUUUAGCAUGAAUGUUGCCAAGUCCGGAACAGUGACAUGCCGUAACUGUGACGACAGUGUCGCUAAGUAA